AAAUUAAUGUUUGACCUGGCAGGAAAUGGGUGGUAAAUAAAGUUCUUUUCUAUCUAAAGAUGAAGGAGAGGAUUAUUAAUAUUCUGAGUAAUUUUUGAAUUGUAUGAAUCUAAGGUUUCUCUUAAAAUGUUAAUUUUUAUUAAAUCUUUUUUUUUUCUAGUACAUGUUACAGUAGUAGUUUUUGGAUGUGAUUCAUUGAAAAUAAAUGAGCUAUUGAUUCAUACAUUACUAAUACAUUACUACCGGUUAUCAAACUAAGUAUAUAUUUAUGUAUUGGUUAAUGAACACAAUCAAAUUUUUAAAACGUCAUAGCUUUGAAUUAGCUUGAUGUGAUGAUCAGUUGAAUUUAUAAACGCAUGUGCAGACAUUUUAUUAAAUCUUUCAAUAAGCAAGAUUUUUUUGUGAUACAAGGAACUUCCUUGUCUUCACUUCUUUAUCAACCUUCUAAAGUAGGAAAAGGAAUGCUUUAGGUGUCUAUUGAAAAAUUCGGAAAAUCUAAAAAAUUUUGCCUUACAGCAUUUUUACUUCCUCAGAUUUUGACAGUUAGUGCACAAAUCUCUGAAAUAUCUUAGAACUGGAAAUCAUUUUCUAACCCUGUAACCAUCUGUUGAAACCUUGCAUUUAGAAGCUUAAAAUGCAAGUUCUGUUCUUCUCAAGUCAGUGAUGCUUUUGUGUUGUGUGAAUGUGAAGAAAGAAAAGACUUUAUGUUCAUUUUGCAGUAGUUCAGAUCAUGUUAGAUACCCAAGUACUGGUUAGAAAUAGUUUGUCAUUAAAUUUAAAAUACCAGCAAAAUCUGUAUUGCUAUAACAUAUUAUAGGAAAAAAGCAAAAUUUAAUUGAAAUGCUGUAUAAGAUAGUAACUGUAGAUAAAUAAGUCAACUAAUAAGAUAAAAGUAAAUAAAAUAUUUGAUUUUAUAAAAUACCCUGGUUAUUUGCUUUUUUUUAGGCAAUGGCAUACUGGUAUUCUAUAUUCAGACUAUUCCUCGUCAUAAGUUAUCAAACCUCCAAUUUAUAAUGAUGCAACAAACAAGAAUCAAUUACUCGGCUAUUAUACAUGUACCCACCGUUAUUUUUGACAUCUCUCUUUUUCAACAGUUUUUAUUCAGAAUAACUGUGUGAGUGCAAAGUUUUUACAUGAGAUAAGACCCUUGAGAAUUUUGACGUAGGUUUUCAUUCAAAUGAAAUAUUUCAUUAUGUCUUUUAUGUUCCCCUAUUCAAUUCACCAACACAAAAUCAAGGUUCAUAUUUACAAAAUCAUUGAAUGUUGUAGUAUAUAUAUGUACAUCCCAGUGUUUAAAUGUUCUGAGAGUUUAACUUCUUUUGAGACAGAGAUUAUAAAUUCAACAACGCUUCUGCAUAUAAACAUUUGUUAUAGAUUUGUAGUAAUGCAUUGUCUGACAUUUUAAAUGACAUGAAUUUCUUAUUAUUUACACUGGUAAGUAAACAGCCUUCAUAUGCAGACAUAUUUUUCUCACUUUGUUGCUCAUGAAAAGGAUUUGAGUAUCAAUGUGCUGGCUCCAUACUUGGUGAAAUAAAAGCCUUUGAAAUGAGGCCAAGUUAUGAAUUUGAUAUCACAUGUUUCUAAACCUUUACAGUUUAUGUAGAGACAUUGAAUUUCAGUACACUUAAUGUUUUGUAUUUAUACCUUUUAAUUCAUAUGUGAAGGUGAAAUGUUGAAGACAGGCAAUGUAAAGUGAAACAUUUGUGAUAUCGGAUACAGGGAGAUUUUAACUGUAGUGUAUUGUAUUAUCUUUGGUGAACUUCAGUAGAUACAGUGGGAUUUUACACUGAGUGGCGAUUCAGAUCAUUAUAAUAUGAGGACUAGAUUAGAAGAAAAAAUGUGUAGAAUGACACAAAAGAGUUCCCCAUCUUUGUGAGAGCUACCAAUAGAAAUGGGGACAAACUCCUCAUUCCCCGAGGGGUCUCCCCCAGGGGGCAGAAUUCCUGCCUUCAACAGACAGACGCACGCCUACAACUUGUCUGACUCAGACUUGAGCGCCCGGGAGAAGAAGAAAAAGGCAUCCAAAUUAACAACAUUGAGAAAGAGACUCAUCCGAUCCAGGAGACAUAGCCGGUCAAUGGACUAUGGAAAGGCUUUACGGGAAAUGAUUUCUACAUGGUCAAUUCGGGAACUCAAGUCACUCAUUCAGGAAUACGAAGUGUUGGUCUCGCUUAAAGAGUUGGCUGUGGCUGCCAAUAUUGCUCGACCACCAGCAAAUACUUUGAAGCAGGAUUUAGCUGUGUUGUUUGAUUCCAAAUGUUGUACAGACAUAAAUUUAGUGUAUAAGGGAGCUUGUUUCCCGGCUCAUCGUGCUAUAUUAUCAGUUAGAAGUCCCUAUUUUAGGGAUUUGUUAAAUCGAUACCCAGGAAUUGGUUGUCAGAUCCCUGUUAAAUUGAGAACAAUUGGUGUAGAUGUUGCAUUAUUUGCAAUGUUGCUGCGAUAUCUCUAUACAGAUGAAAUAAGUUCUCACGACCUUCGUCCCGAUCAUCAAGAGACUUUAUCCAAGCUCGCAGAUGAAUUUGGUGUUCCGAAUCCCCUGGAGCAUGACCUUCGGGUGUUACUGGACUCUGGAAAUUACAGUGAUGCAGUAUUAGUGUUCACUUGUGAUGGAAAUUGCACGGAUUCCUCGGCGGAAAAUGAUGCUCCAUGUAAAUCUGUGCUACAUGAACUGAGGUGCCAUAAAGCUAUUUUGGCAGCAAGGUCCCCAUUUUUCAAAAAUCUUCUGAUCCGCAGGGCACGAUCGGGGGAGGAUCAAGGUUUUCAUACACAAUCAAAAAUAGUGCUAGAUGAGACUAUAAUCCCACGGCGUUAUGCCAGAGUAUUACUAAACACUAUAUAUCAAGACACAGUGGACUUGUCGUUAAUAUUACGGGGUAGUGCAAGCAUGUGUAGCCUGAGUGAGGCACAGGCCAUUGUGGCUGGACGGGGACACAUGACCCUUAUAGAAGAGGCUAUGGAAGUCUACCAAAUAGGGCAGUUCUUGGACUUCCCUGUUUUAUCUCAAGGUUGUGAAGACAUCAUAGCAGAAGGACUGUCCCUGGAUAACUUGGUCAGUAUCCUGUCCUGGAGCUCUGAGCCCCACGGCUCACAAUGGGUCCAUAACCAGGCCCUCCACUUCAUCCGGGAGGAGUUCCUACAGAUCCUUCACUCCUCAGUCCUCAUGGAGCUGUCCAGGGAGUACCUCAAGGAGGCACUGUCCUCGGACUUCCUUCAGGCUGGAGAGUUGGACAUUUUAUCUGCCAUUAUCAAAUGGGGAGAGACUCAGCUAGUGAAAAGACUCGAGGAAAGAGAGCCCAACUUACUAAGUCAUACAGCACACAGUAUCAGUAAGAAGGGAGUCAAAAAACGUGAUCUCAAUGACGAGGAGUUAAAAGACAUUCUGGCUGAUCUGUUACCCUUAAUUAGGACUGAUCAUAUCAUACCGUACAACAGUGACGUUCUUAAUAGUGCAAUAAAACGAGGCCUGAUUAGUCGACCACCCAGUCACAUGAUUGGGGAUGAGGGGUUUGUGGUGCAAUCAUCGUCUUGGAUACGCGGCAAAAACAAUGGCUUGUUUGUCAGACCCAGACUCUUUGGCCCUUAUUAUGAGGAUGCUAAGACUGUUCUGGAAGAGAGGCUCUCUCAGGGUCAGGAGCUGGAGUGUGGGCGUGUCCGGACCAUCCAGAUGUCUGCCAUCCCAGACACCCUGUACAUGGUAGAGAGCAGCCACUACCCCAGCAGUUAUGUCAACCCUCCAAGUUGUAACACUGUGGACAUUAUAGCAGGGACCAUACCAGUGCCUGAUAAUGCCACACUUCACAGAAUGCUAUAUCGAGAGAGAGAACUACAGAGUAGUAACACUGCCCAGAAAGCCCUGACUCUGCCGCUGAGUGACCGCCGCUCUGUCCACCACCAGCUCCGACUGAGGACCGUGCGGGAGUUUGGUCUGCCCGACUCGACGGUUGAGGUGCUUCAGAACACAAACUCCUACUACCCUCCGGACCCCCCUCCCCCAGCUUUACCAACAAAAACCCAUUCUUUGAAAAAGUAUUUGAUUUCACCGAGGAAGAGAAAGCAGAGCCCUCCCUUGAGCAAAAGAAAUCCUGUGGGAAGCCCCACCAAACCUGUCCAGUGUGUGCCACCCACGCGAUUGUCUCAGGGAGCAUCUAGAGAGACUGACUUGAGUCCAUGUAGUGACAGUGCCUUAAGUGACACCAUGCCAGAUAUCGCCAUGGCAUCCGCAUCGCUCAGUCAGAUUCACCUCCAGGAUGAGUUUGACCUUGAUAUUGGGGAUCGAGGCAGUCAUGGCACCAUGUACAUUUGAUGUAUCAGUGUGACCCUUGGAUUUAUUGAGGGAUUGUUUUUUUUAUUUAUUACAAAGUACUGUCAGAAAUCACAACCUUCGUGUUAUUUAUUGUCCAAAGCAGAUUUCUAUUUUUAUUCUUUGUUGUCACAUAUCAAAUCUUUUUUCAAUCUCAUUUACAUGUUUAUUACCAAGUUAUUAUCUUAUGGAUGAUUUUUUCAGUUUUUUAUCAAAAAGUGAUUAGUAUUACUUUUGAAGUGUUGAAAAAGUUUAUAAUAUGAUGAUUUUGUUGACUUAUUUUAAUAUUUUGAAUCAAAAGUUGUUUUUUUU